GGCUCUUGUUUACUAUUGAUUUGAUUCUCAGCUCCUGAUGAGAUCAACUGAGUCGACGUAGCUUCUAAAGAGCUCUCAAACAGUUUGAUACCUCAACAUGAUGGAGUCAUGAGCCCUAUUUGCGCUUCUGCAUCUGGAUAACGUUACUGCUGUAUGUGACCUGGAAGCAUUGCGGAUAGAAGCUGAUCAAUCCACAUGCAGCAAUUUCCGCUUUGAACGUGCACUUGCAUCAAUCCUACGCGCGUUUCUGAAAUGAGCGACAGCUACAGCCUGCUGAGGAUACACAAGAACGGAUACUUGCUACUAUUCGUCUUCUCAAUGGCACUGGCACUUACCAGUGUUUCCGAGCACGAGGAGACAGUGACUGUGAAUGAUGUUCCAAAGAGUGAGCUGCAAUUUCAUGGGUUGCCCCGCCGAUUCGUUGGAUUUCUGGUCCGAGUCUGUCUAAUUUUCCACCGCCAUACACCCGAAUACGCCUUGAUAGUUAUGCUCCGACGCCAGAACAUGCUUGCCCGCAUUUCAUUGAAUCGUAAAUCAUAAAUCCUUUCGUGCGGAAGAUAGACGGUCAAAC